UGCUGUGGCCCCUUCCUUUCUGUGUCCGCCUCCCUCCCUCCCUCCUCUCCUUUCUCCUCCGGGGUCCCUCCUCCGGCUCAGUCCGCGUCGGCGUCCCAGCUCUCGGCCCGUGUGGCCGCCGCUGCUGUGCGUUUCCCUUGAGAACUGCGCGUGGCUGCGGUUUUUGGGGGGCGCGAGGCUCUGCCUGGCUCCUAGCAACGCCGAGCUCCGAACGUCUGCCUGCUGGCUGGGGGCGGAUUCCCCGAGGUCAGGGUGGGCUCCCUGCAGCCUCCUCCUGCCUGUGAGCUGUGGAAAUAACCGACCAAACAAGGGAGAGCUUGCGAGGCUGUGUGUCACCAGUGCUUCUGUAGCUGGAGUUGAUUCCAUCACUAUUUGGCAGUCUUGAAAGCUUUGCCAUGGGGUGGCUAGGGGCGGGCUGACUACAUGAUGAACAUCUCCUGUGUGAGAAACAACACCUCCAUUCUGUAAUCACAGAUUUAAGAAGCAAGGCAGUUUUAAUUUUAUGAUUCUGUAGAAACGAUGUCAGCCUAGCAAAAAUAGCUUUCCAAUUUGGCACAGAAAGUGGUUUUUAAAGUCCCUGGUGAAAAACUCUGCCUUUUUGGUUUUCUGAGACACGGUCUCCCUGCACGCUUGGCAGGCCUGGGACUGGCAUGUGGCCCAGGCGUGCUUUGGACUGAAAAGAUCCACCUGGACUUUAAAGGGCUUUACCAUCACAGCCUACAGUUCUGACCUUGCCCCAGAGGCUGGUUCUCUAGAGAGAAGGUCUUCACAUUUAUCUAGCAUAACCUGCUUGAUGGAUUCCCCAUCUAAUGGAAAUUCCAGGGUUCCAGAUCCCGCUUUCUUAUUGUGGACUCUGUCACACAGCAGACUGCAACUUCUCAACCUUAGGAUGAAGGCACGAUGUUUGCUAGAGGGCUGAAGAGGAAAUACGGUGACCAGGAGGAAGGAGUAGAGGGUUUUAGCACUGUCCCUUCCUAUAGCCUGCAGCGGCAGUCGCUCCUGGACAUGUCCCUGGUCAAGCUCCAGCUCUGCCACAUGCUAGUGGAGCCCAACCUCUGCCGCUCAGUCCUUAUUGCCAACACAGUCCGGCAGAUCCAGGAGGAGAUGAGUCGGGAUGGUGUGUGGCAUGGAAUGGCACCCCAGAAUGCAGAACGGGCACCAAUUGACCGCCUGGUCUCCACAGAGAUCCUGUGCCGUACAGCCAGGGCAGCUGACGGGGAGCACCCCACUCCUGAACUGGAAGACGGUUCCCUGCAAAUCUCGGCUUCUGAGCUUCCCAUAGUCAGCUCAGCACAGGGGCAAAGGAGCCCUCAGAGCAGCCUCUGGGAGAUGGAUAGCCCACAAGAAAACCGGGGAAGCUUUCACAAGUCACUGGACCACAUAUUUGAGACCCUGGAGAACAAAAACCCCAGUUCUGUGGAGGACCUCUUCUCGGAUGUGGACAGUUCCUACUAUGACCUGGACACGGUGCUGACGGGAAUGAUGAGCGGGACCAAGCCCAGUCUCUGCAGCGGCCUCGAUGGCUUCACAGCUGCCACCCCCCCUCCCAGCUCCACCUGCAAGUCUGACCUGACGGAGCUGGACCAUGUGGUAGAGAUUCUGGUGGAGACCUGAGAGGAGGCCCUGGGGGCCAAGGACAAGGCCACACCCCAUGGAGCUCACCUGUACCUGACCCGGAGACAGACAAGCACUUGUCCCAGAGCGGGCCCCCGCCUCUCUGACUGACUACAUCCCUGAGGACAGGGCAAGCCAUUGUCAGGAACUGAGCUCUGAAGGCUUUGGGCCCUGGGUUCAUUUUCCUGUUUGUGGGAUCACUGUGGAGGAUGGUGGGCCACAGUUGUGUCUAGUCUUUUAAAUUAGGUAGGUGAACUUUCUAAAAUUAAGUUUUAUAUGUUGUGGGCAAUAUUUUGUCUUAAGAUAUAUUUUUUAAACUUUUUAUACUUUUAGAUUUUUUUCAGCUAUUUUCUUAAAAGUAUAUUUUUUCUACAAACAUCCUCUGCUGCUACAUUAGAAACAUUUAUAACCUAAAUAAUUACAAUUGGUGUGUGUCAUUUUUAAGGUUUAAAUAGAGAAUAUUUUUUUGGGAAUGAGUCUCUACACUCCCAAAGCUACAGUGUAAAUGCAGACAGCCAGGUGUCCCGAGAGAGGCUCUGUCGGUCUACAUUGUAGGGAGGGAGUGCCUGAGAUGAGCCGUGCACAGCCCCUGACGGGGUCUGCUCUGCAAGUGCUGUCUUCCUGGGCCUCAGUGCGCAGAUGGUUUUAUUUAUGCCUAUUUAUGUGUAAAUGCCACUGAAGGCUAAAGUCAGAUGUCUGGAAACUACACCACCAGUUCUAUCUCAGACAGUGCCUUAUGUAGGGUUUGUCCCUGGCCAUUACUCUCUGUUUCCCAGUCCAGCACUGGGUGUGACAGAAGAUCAUGACAUCCUAACAACACUCAACACCUCAUGUUCCAUGUCAAGUGUGUCCGUGGAGGCUACCGGGUUCCAUGCCUGUGUGUGCUUGGAAAGGGUGUGUACCAUCAUUCAUGUCCUUGGGGACACCGUGCUUGCUUACAUUAAAAAUGGUGCUCGAACAUUUUAAGGUUAAAAACAAUCUGACUCUGUACAAUUUUAGGGCCCCUUCAUCCUGGGGUGGCCUCUGUGCUGUCCGAGUGGAUCUCAAGGUCCCGCUACCUGACCGCAUGUCAGACUCCACUCCCCUACGCAUGAUGUUUUGUUUCUCAUAGGCUUUUUUGGACUCCCCCACGUGAGCCUAAGAGGGUUUUGUUUUUCCUGUAUUUGUAUGACUUCUUUAAUAUCAACAAUGUAAACCUCACUUUAUUAAAAGUAUCCAGCAAA